UCUGGUUGAAUCGAUGAAGCAGUUGCUUCUGUUUCAUUAUCUUGCUCCUCAAAUUGUGAUUUCUCAAGUACAAACUUGGGAUCUGAGCUAGUUGCAUUCAAUGAUUUUAGUCGAGAUACUUGGAUGUAUGCUUCUUUGUUUAAUCUAGCGUCAUUCAUUUGUUUCUCAAUCUAAAAGAUUCGAAUAACUUAAUAAUAGUUUUUAAAAUAAAAGAAACAGUUCUUUUAAAGGAGGAAAAAUCAUGAAAAAAAAAAUUGCGUCGAUUCUGUUUAUAGACAAAUCGACAACUUUAAAAAGCACUUUCUAAAUAAACUUUGUUGUUAUUUAUUUUCCAACUCUUAUGUAAAAUUGUGGAAAAAGAAAAGAUUAAGCUGAAUGUCACGAAUGUUACAAUUAUUUAAAAUAUGUUAUGUUCUGUUUUUCUUCUUGAUGGAGGGAGGCAAGUUAAACGAAAACGGCUAUAGUCAACAUAAAGAACGUGAAAAAAAACAUUCUGAAUGCUGACUUCGACAAAAACUUUCAUGGCGAUAUUUUUAAAAUCAAACUAUCUAUCAAUAUCAAUCUAAUAUUAUUAUAAAGAAGCAAAAUUUAUAUUUAGACUAAGAGCGCAUUGUCAAAUGGUCUCAUGAAGAAAAAAACGCUUGUUUCAGAUGCAUAUUACUCACGAUGUAAGUCUUUCUAUUCUGUAAAAAAAACGACGGCAGGAUAGUGUGUGUCGUAUAUUUAUGCAUUUCUGUUUUCAUUGGAAAAUUCCAACGCAUAAAGUCUUUUUUUUUUUAUUAUUCAGAAGUACAGCUGAAAAGCACAUUUUCUUUUUCGUUUGAGUCAAAUAUAUUUGGUUAGCAAAUCGUCAUAGCAGAAAAAAUUUUAUUACGCAGUAUUAUGAUAUGAAGUCUAUAUAUUUCUGUCAUGAUUCAUGUUUUCUUUCGUGCUACCUUUCUCUCUUCCUUUUUUUUUGUUCUUUUAAUCUCUUUUUCUUUUGAUAUAUAUAUGUAUAUGCGAUGAUCCAAUCAGUUCAAGAAAAAAUAAAAACGAAAAAAAAAAGGAUUAUGUUCUACUAAAAAUGAACCUAUGUUUGCUCUUAAGAAAAAGUAGACAUAACACGCAGUCUUAUUUCGACAUGAUUCAGUUUGUUAAAAUAUCAGUAUGUCUCGAAAGGGUGUCGGUGUAGAUGUGUGAGUCUUGUGUAGAAUCAAAAUCACAUCCACAUAUCCUACCCACUUUUACACUACAACUAUACCCACACUCUCACACCCUAGCUAGAACUGUUAAUUGAGGUUGAAUGUUAUUUGUGACUUUCGUUGGUCAAUCAGAUCAUAAACGGUCAGUACUAUCGAAAACGCUGCAACGAUGGAAUCAAUCCUUAUAUUAUCUUGUUUUAAUUUGUACUUCUCAUAUGCAAAAAUCUACUUGUUCUGAGUUGUAUGCAUCGUCCGCUUACUAUUUUUUUUUAUAGUUUGCCAUCAAGAGUUCUCUGUCAUAAACUAUUAAAGCACAUAUUUUAUGUAACGAUGUUUCUCAUAUACGUAUAGAUGUGCUCUAUUAUAACCAACCAGUAAACUUUUCCUUAAAAGUCUUAAAACUUUACAUUUUACGUAACUCUCACAUGAAGUUAAAUAUCGUAUGAAAACUACAAAAUGAGGUCUAAUUGAGACCCUUAUUUUUUUUUGUCUACAAGCAUUCAAAAGAUGGUAACAGUUUUUUGAUGAAAACAUGCUUUAAGCUCUUGAAGAAUAAUUAUUUUAUGGCAGAUUUAUAUAAUACAUAAUUAGUAACUGUAUCAAGUACGUGGAAAAAAUUGUUGCGUCAUUUCCACUAAAUAACAUUCUGAGUGGUCCAUAAAACGAUGCUCAAAAUCAAUAUAAAAAACAGACAUAUUCGUAUAGAUAGUUCUCGUUUUUCAAUCACACUUAACGAUUGAAAUAAAUUUAGACAUUGAAAGAGUAUUCAUAAACUUUCCUUCAUUUGAUCUAUUUCAUUUCAAUAGAUCAUUAUUCGAUAUUUGAAAAUGAUGACGACGUAGUAGAAGUGUGUAGCUGAAUUUUACUUUAGAACACAAAUAUGCACCGAGUUACUGCAAUUUACUCUCACACAGUGCAAAAUUGAAUAUCGUAAGAAAUCAUGUGAAAGUUGAGGAUGACGAUUUGGUAACAUACGUCAUCUAAACGAUCCAACAAUUUAAUUAAUAAAUAAAAACUGAGGAAGUUGUGUUGAUCAACUAUUUUCACAUUAAUGAAGAAGUUGAUGAUAAACAACAUGUAAAAAAGAUAUUAAUAUAUGAUAUUGGUGGAAGAUCGAUCAGCGUUUAAGUACAAAUGGAUAUUCAGUACUGCUAUCUUUUAUUGACGUUCUACCUAAAAUAAACACCAACGCCAUUACGAAAGCUGACAAAAGUUUAAUGUUUUUCUUUAAUCCUUUAUGUGAAAAAUCAAUCUCAAACGUCUGUCGAUAUUCAUGUUAUCAAAGGUUCUAUUGUGAUACGUUUACAAUUAACAAUCGCAAUUAUCGUAUAAAAACAUUAUUGUUUCUAGAAAAUUUACUCAAAAUAAGAACUCUGAAUGAUUUCAUGGCAGUCCAACAAUGAUGUUAGAAUCAUAAAACUGCAUACACAAGAUCGAAAUAGAAGUUUCUUUUUAAAAAUGUUUGGUUAUGAUUGAAGAAAGUCAUGUUACAUCAAAAAAUUAAAGAAGAUUGUAAUUGUCAAUUUGAAUAUUUCAUUUUGUAGAGAACUGUACGAUGAGUUGUUGUAGGAACAAACUUGAAUCUAAAUGAUUCGAAAUGAUAUAAAUAUCUGCACAACAAUGAGAUGGCAUGUAGUUUUGGUAGACUUAUGUUGUUUUCAAUUUUCACUUUAUUUGAUCGAUUUUGAAAUCUGAGAAGUCGUUUGAAAUAAUAAAAUCAGUCUCUGCAAUUUCUUAUCAUUAUUGUAGUGUGCUUCAAUGAAGCCAUAUUUGAAGAGAACCAUGAAGAUCCAAGACUCUUGUCAUUAUGGACGUAGAAAGCAACGAAAACUACAACCGUUCAAUAAAGUUAACUCUUCUCGACAAUGAUAGCAAUAUCUGCUUUACACGACUGAUGAAAAGUAGAAUAAUUAUAAAAGAAAAAAAGACAAACGUCUAGACAAUAUUAUUGAUUUACUAUAGCUACCUCUAGUGUUUUACACUGCAACUCAAAAUUUGGAAGUGUAUGACUGGUUGCCGACGAACGACAUCUAUUGCAUGAGUUUUUUUCAUGGAUACUUUGUUUCCACCAUUACAUCUCGAUCAUCAAUUUGCAUGCAAACAACUAAGCAAAAACUUUGUGAUAAUAAUGAUAAAGAUUUGAACAGUGAUAUAAAUAUGCGCAGUUCCUUUCAUAUCUAGUGGUAGUUAGUGAUUUCGAACUUUGUUCGACAAUAAUCUAUUCUCGACUUAAUUUUUCUUCAGUGUAUUCUGAUUUGGACGUUAAGGAUAUGAAAGUAGAAAGAUAAUAUUGUUUGAUCCGUAGUGUUAAAACUAAUGAUCUAAUAUCAAGAUGAUUCACAUCAUUUAUAUAUAACUUUGUAGUCUCAGUGAUGAAUAUUUUCAGCAUUACAGAGAAGAAUGUAGAUUUUAUUAAAAUGAUUUGCCAUUGUCGAACUAUUUAGCUCGUUUUGCAUACAAAAUGAAGUAUCAUCUCUUUUUUUUCUCAGUUCUGUUUGUUCUUAUCUGUUAUAAUCGUAAUAGAUCCUCUCCAAUACACAAGAAACAUUGUCACGUGUAGUACGACAAACAAACGAACAGCUUCUUUAAUCAUCAAUGUUGCUUGACGACGAUGUUCGUGCUCAAUGUAAGUAUUUUAUACCAUUGUCUAUUGGCAGUAGUGUAUACCUGCAUAUUCAUAUAUAGAUCUUGGAACGAAUCCUUCAUCGGAUGUUCCCAUAUCGUUAUUGAUUUUUUUCUCCGUCGCUUUUAACAGCUUUAUAUUUUUUAUUCUUCCAUCGUCUAUUACACCAUUAAUCAAAAGUUAUAUUGUAUCGACUAUUCAUGCCUGUGCAUCUGUUCUUGCUGUAUGUAUAUUUUAUCUACGUUCACCAGUUAAUUUGACACAAAUCAAUCGAAUACUUGGUGGUGGUAUCAAAGGUACGAACGAUGAAAUGAUCACUUAUAGUGUAUGUUAUUCAGCUGGCUAUUUUAUUUAUAAUAUUAUCAUUAUGCUACUAUUCAAAUCGGUUCGAAGUUCAUCAGCAUUAAUUCAUCAUGUACUUCUUACAGCUGGAACGACAUCAGGUUAA